GCCCUUUUGAUAAAGGAUAUCUUUCCUGUUAUUCAGGGAUGCAACCCCCUCGCAGAGACCGGCCGGAGUAAAUUGCAAAAGCGGAGAGCUGUCCUAAACCAGCAGAUUCUGAAAGCGGUGAGGAUGAGAGCUGGCGCAGAAAACCUCCUCCGUGCAACGACCAGCCCCAAAGUACGAGAACAGGUGCUGCUGGAACUCAGCUACGUCAAUUCCAACCUACAGAUCCUCAAGGAAGAGUUAGAAGGACUCAAUAUAUCCGUGGAGGUAUAUCAGAACACGGAGGAAACUUUUAGCAUUCCUCUGAUACCCCUUGGCCUGAAAGAGACGAAAGAUGUGGACUUCGCAGUACCCCUCAAGGACUUUAUUCUGGAACAUUACAGUGAAGAUGGUGCAGAAUAUGAAAAUGAAAUUGCAGAUCUUAUGGAUUUAAGACAAGCCUGCCGGACACCCAGCAGAGACGAAUCUGGACUUGAGAUGCUGAUGAGCUAUUACGUACAGCUUGGCUUUGUUGAGAAUCGGUUCUUCUCACCCAGUAGAAAUCUGGGCAUUUUAUAUACUUGGUAUGACUCUUUCACAGGCGUCCCCGUGUGUCAGAAGAAUGUGUUGCUGGAAAAAGCCAGCAUUUUAUUUAACAUCGGAGCCCUCUACACACAGAUUGGCACCAAAUGCAAUCGGCAAACGGGAGUCGGGCUUCAAAAGGCCAUCAGUGCUUUUCAAAAGGCAGCAGGAGUUCUGAACUAUCUAAAAGAAACUUUUACUCACACUCCAAGUUACGACAUGAGUCCUGCCAUGUUGAGUGUGCUGGUCAAGAUGAUGCUCGCUCAAGCUCAGGAGUGCAUCUUUGAACAGAUCUGCCUUCCUGGGAUACGGAAUGAAUUUUUCACGCUUAUAAAAAUGGCCCAGGAAGUAGCGAAGGUUGGAGAGAUGUACAUGCUUGUGGACACCGCGAUGAGUCAAGCACCGGUCAAGGAGACCAUCCCUUACUCUUGGUCAAAACUGGCUCAAGUCAAAUCGGAUCAUUUCAGAGCUCUGGCACAUUAUUUUGUGGCCACUAUGCUGAGUGACCACCAAUUACAUCAGACUGAUGAUGAAGAUCAACAGGAAAAGGCUUUUGGCCAGCUGUACGACCACAUGCCCGAGGGGAUGACACCCUUAGCUGUCUUACGAGAUAGAAGCCAGCGUAAACAACUAGGAAGACUACAUUUGCACAGAGCCCUCCUUUAUCACAAAGAAGCCUUAAGGGUUUGCAGCUUAUGCACAAAGCUCCGGAAUAUAGAGAUCCUUCAAGAGAUUUUGUCCGUUUCACACAAGCGGUCCCUUCUCAAAUACACCCAGCAGGAGCAACAAGAGGACUUCUUUAGCUUGGUGCUGGCACCCAAUAUCCUGUCCAACACAAAUCACAAAAUAGAACUGAUUCCUCCUCUGUUCUCUAACGUGAAAGUGAGAGACUUCUUCGAAAGGCUGGGCCCACCUGCGGUGUUUUCAGCCAAGCAGAGGUGGUCACCCCCUCGUCUCAUUCACUUCUGCUGUGAAGAUGGCAUGUUGGGGUUCACUGUCAAAGGAGGCCCACCAGUACAGGUUGACUGCAUUGACCCAGCUUCUCCUGCAGCGUUGGCAGGUUUGAAAGAAGGAGACACCGUGACUGCGGUUGAAGGCACGGAUUGCAAAUGGUUGGGGACGAGUGACGUCUUGGAAAAGCUCCAGAAUUUGAAAGAGCAGGAGAUUGAGAUCCAAGUGAUCAGCUGUCAAGAAAACACACCUUCCUUGCACAACAAAUGUGCCACUUACUCAGCGGGCAUGCAGAAAACGUACUCCCUGAUAUGUCUGGCCAUGGAAGACGAGAGAACCGACACGGCCAAGAAGGUGACGCCUAAACCGUCGUUCUUGAGUUGGGGAACCAAAAACAGACAAAAAGCUGCCAGCACCCUCUGCCUGCCUUCGGCUGUCAGUGGAACCUCUGCCAUUAAGAAAAAACUGUCAACCCCGUUCACACUCUUCAAUACCGAUAGUUCAUUGUACUAGGACUUGGAGACCGAGGGCGCCGUCGCCCAGAAAAGGGUCCCAGAAUGGACAUUGUGGAUUCACAAUGUAGCCUUUAGGAAUCCAGAGUUGAGCAGUCCCAACUUAAAGCAACAACUACCCGCUCAAAACUGUUUCCGGGUUGUACAAUUUGCAAGGAUCGGAAGGUUUUUGAAGAACACAUCAUGUGCCUACUUGUUCUUGGAGCCCACUCAAACUUCUGCCCAGGUUUCUGGCUUAGUUAUGAGCUAUUGUGAGAAACAACAGGAUGGUUCUGCAGCUCUUCUGUUGCGAAGACUGAGGAUUCGUUUUGUCUUGUUUUGUUU